AUCACUCCAAAAUGCAACAAACAAAGAGUCAAAGACAAUAGAAAUACCAGUAUACUACAAAUGGUCCCUUAAAAUAGAAGAAAAAAAAAUACUACAUAUGGUUAUACUGAUCAUACACCAUUAAAUCUAAUGGCAUCAUUUUCAUUCAAUUUCACAUUAUGUCCGCGUAAAUUUAAUGCACCUAGCUACCAAAAAUAUCCUCAACCAUACAUAAAAUCCUUAAAUCUUAGGCCCAUUUCUCUUACACUUCCACCACUACAUAUAGAUUUCCUCAUCUCACAAUCUCUUCAUCCAAUCCAUCUCUCUCACUCUCUCUUAUUACCCCAUUAGCCAUUAUCAAUAUUUUGUAACAUUUUCUUGCUUCAAAUUUUCAAUGGCAUUUAGGGACCUCUCUAUGAUGAAUAUAGGGAUAGUUGUUUUGGUUUUAACUCUGUGGAGUGGAAUUGGCAAUGCACAACAAGUACCUUGUUAUUUUAUUUUUGGGGACUCUUUGGUGGAUAAUGGUAACAAUAACCAACUCACUUCAAUAGCUAAAGCUAAUUAUUUUCCUUAUGGAAUUGACUUUCCUCAAGGACCAACUGGAAGAUUUUCAAAUGGCAAAACUGCUGUUGAUGUUAUCGCUGAACAAUUGGGAUUCAAUGGUUACAUACCUUCCUAUGCCAAUGCUAGGGGCAGAAGCAUACUCCAAGGAGUCAAUUAUGCUUCAGCAGCUGCUGGAAUCAGAGAGGAAACAGGACAACAAUUGGGACAAAGAAUUAGUUUUAGAGGGCAGGUUCAAAAUUACCAAAGGACAGUGUCCCAAUUGGUUAAUUAUUUUGGAGAUGAGGCCACUACUGCAAAUUAUCUUAGUAAAUGCAUUUAUACAAUUGGAAUGGGUAGCAAUGAUUAUCUUAACAACUAUUUCAUGCCUCAAAUUUAUUCUAGUAGUAGACAAUACACACCUCAACAGUAUGCUAAUGUUCUUCUUCAAGCAUAUGCUCAGCAGCUCAGGAUUCUAUACAACUAUGGGGCAAGAAAAAUGGCAUUAUUUGGGGUGGGUCAAAUAGGUUGCAGCCCAAAUGAAUUGGCCACAAACAGCCCAGAUGGUAGAACUUGUGUAUCAAGAAUCAAUUCUGCAAAUCAAUUAUUCAACAAUGGAUUAAAAUCUCUUGUGGAUCAACUCAAUAACCAAUUUCCUGAUGCAAGAUUCAUCUAUGUAAAUGUCUAUGGUAUCUUUCAAGAAAUCAUAAGCAACCCAUCAGCCUUUGGUUUUAGAGUUACAAAUGCAGGAUGUUGUGGUAUAGGAAGGAACAAUGGUCAAAUUACAUGUCUGCCGGGACAAAAUCCAUGUAGGGAUAGAAAUGGGUACCUAUUUUGGGAUGCAUUUCAUCCAACUGAGGCUGGAAAUACUGUUAUUGGUAGGAGAGCUUACAAUGCUCAAUCUGCAUCAGAUGCUUACCCUAUCGAUAUCAAUCGCUUAGCUCAAAUCUAAAGAGUUUUGUUUUGGGUCAAGUAGCCCGAGAUCGAACUAUAAUAUCCGAAUAUUACAAUAUUUUUAUUAAUUGAGUUAUGUUUACGGAUAUAAGAGUGUUUUUUUUUUUGGGUUACAUUAAGAAGUAUUUAGUGGUGCUAAUAAGUUGUGCCACAACUAUUGUCAUAAUAUGUAUUGUUCAUGUACGAAGGCAUCUAAAAUAUGUCUUAUCUUUCUUUUUUUUUUCAAAGGUUAAGUUUAAUUUGUCUUUAACAACAUUUUGUAAUAGUAUUUGAUUUAGUGUUUGAUUAUAGUGAAUACUAUUUAACGGUUGGUGACAUUUCCAAA